UGUGCUUUGUAAUUAUGAACAUUUUGCUAGUCUACAACCGGUAAAGCAUUGUGCUUGGCACAACUCCGUCCGACUUCCAUCUCCAUUGAAGUGGAAGCCAAUCCAGAAACGUCCAUUAUAAUUCAUCCUCCACCGUCCCAGCCCGGUCACAAUGGCGACUGAUCACAAAUCAAUUCUUGUCCCCCCGAAGCGGGCCAAUACGGACUACCCGCUAAUUGACUCCGACCCGCACCUGAGACGAGUUUUCGGAUAUGCACGACCCUCUGACUACGCAGUGGGCGGCGGAAUGGCCGCUGCGUCUCCUCUUGCGUUCUGGAUUAUGGAAAGAGUGAGCCCAUCCCAUGUGGGCAGGGGAGGGUUCGCUCCUGUGAUGCGCCUAGCAACAGCCAUUGGCCUUAUUGGAGGUCUUCACGUGGUCUAUCAGAGAUCCUGCAACCGCUUCUAUGGCUUCACAGAGAAUUCGAGGGAAGCUGAUAUGGAUAUGAAGGAGAUGGUGGACAAAGUCAAGAAAGGGGAGUCCCUAUAUGGCACAUCCAAAGUCUCCUCAUACCUGCAAGGAGUUGCUGCUCGAAACUCUAGAUACUCUGAGCUAUUUAUCCAUGUUCUUCCAUGGUUCAACCUAGUCAACCAUGACCAGCAUGGCGUCGACACGGCCAAAUACUAUCAGCAAGCCGAGCGGGAGCUGGAAGCCGAGCGGUUGAAGCAAGCGAGCUCCUGAAUUUUCUGAUAUCAAUGGUGGUAAAAGGAUCGCCUCGUUGACGUUUCAUUGGCUCUUGCGCGAUAUUGUACAUUUAGUUCCUGAAGCAACGCAAAAUUUAGAUGGAACAUGUUCCUCAAUUCACCGCCACUAGACUUCACUUCAAUCACCUCAACACGAGAUCGAAGGUGUUUAGCGGCCUUCAGCUUCCUUGAUUGUGUGGCCGUUCGACCAAGGACCAAUUGUCCCUGCUCAGGGUGUAGGGGAUGCAACGAGGACUUCCUGGUUGAAAUCUGUUUUUAAUUCACGGUGCUUUUUAGGGCGGGGCUUGGGCGCUAUUCGAAAUGAUAUGUUAAAAAGACUUCUUUGUCACAGCUGUCAGAAGCCAGCCACCUACCCUUCUCAUUUUCUUGUAUGUAGAAGCGCCGGAGUAACAUGAUAGCUUCCUUGUGGAACAACCCGCCUUGCACAGGGUAUGAUGGAUCUAUUGAGCGAUCGGCAUGUAGUGAUAAAAUGCUACCUGUUCCUCCGAACCUGUCAUUUCCACAACCGAAGUAUACUUUCCGUAUCUGAUACUGUCUCAAGGCAGAUGCACACAUGACACACGGUUCAACAGUUACAUAGAGGUCUGUCGAACGCAACGCUGACCUAGGAUAAGUCUCAAGCAUUUCUCCGAUGGCAAUAAACUCGGCAUGUCUUGUACC